AUGUUUUACAAUAAUUAAUACUCCUCCUUCACCAACCAAUAAAUUGGAUACCCCUAAUAUUAGGGCUUCUAAACUCAUCCUUAACAAUAGCAACAACAAUAAUAACAUCCAUCUUAAUUAUUAAAUGGAUUUGCACCUCAGUAAUAAUAAUAGUACGCAAACAACUAAUUAUUUGCUCCAAAGCCCAUCAACAACUUUGGCUACUGCGCUUAAAACUAAUUCGUUAAAUCCUCUAGCCCCAUGCAAUUGAACCAUGCUAGUUUCACUUCAAAUAACCAAGAUUAGUACUCCGAAAAUUCCACUUCUUGUGGCUCUGAAGAAAAUCAACAAGACGAUUUCCUUGACUAAAUGCCCUAAUUGCAACCCACUCUUUCUUUUAAGAAUAUUUAAGCUGCUUCCCCUGCUAUCGCUUUGAACUCCUAACAAUAGCAUAAUAAUAUCCAAAAAAUUGCCCCUAAAAUAGCUACCACUACUGUUCCUUCAACUAACGCCUCAUCAGCUGCUUCCACUAAUGUGAUUCCCGAAGAAGCCAAGUAUAAGACUGAAAUGUGUAAGAACUGGGUUGAAAAUGGAAAGUGCAACUAUGGAGAUAAGUGCAAAUUCGCCCAUGGCAAGAAUGAACUCGUUCAAAAGGUAGCUGCCAAUAAACAUUUCAAGACAAAAAAAUGCAAAUAAUACUACGAAAGCUGCGUCUGCAAUUACGGUCCUCGUUGCCACUUUGUUCAUGAUAUUCGUACUGUUGCAGAGAUUAAGGCUAACAAUGAAUACACCAAAAAGAUGCUACACCCAGAAAUCUUCUUAGAUCUCUCCUCUUCAUCCUCUCAAACAUCUAUCUCAUCUAACCAACCUUCUGCCUCUAGGAGAUUGGACAUUUUCCAAAAACUAACCUCUUCCCAAACCUCUUUUAUAUCAAAUACUACUUCUCAAUGA